AGAUCUGGACAGGAGGUGGCGCCCCAGAGUUGUUUGUGUUCGGUAGACGCUCGGGUUGGGGGGAAAGGUGGUUAUGAAGGUGGGGACGCCGCCUCCCGAUCCUGACUCCUCCAGACCCUAAGGGUACAGGUCUCUGCUUUGUCACCCAAAUACAGGCUUGGAAACUAAAGGUCAUUGGCACGCCGGUGUUCCGGUCCUCCAGCAUUUAUCGAGAACCUUUACCCUCUCGUUAGCGGCAACUGUUUCCUUCUCCCUUCACUAUCCUCUUCCACCAGGCUGAGUGAUAACAUAGUUCUAACCUUCCUCCAUAUUCUCCCGGCCGGCCCUGUCCUCGCCUCCUCCCUCUCUCCACCCAGUGAAAGCCCCGCCCUUCCCUCCUCCCUCCCACCCCAGUCUGUCAUACAGGGACAUCACCCUACAGCAGUUCAGACUCUGCGCUUCGCAGGAAGCAUACAUUGGCUUUUUUGUUUUUUCGAGUUCCCAGCUUACAGUUGGGGAGGACCUAACUCCAGCCUUCAACUGAAGCGAGACUCAAGGACGGUGAGAAGCUGGGUCCUAAUCCGGAGUCCUGCCAGCCUGACAUGGGAAUCUCGCCGACGUCCAAGGCCUUGCAGAUGUCACCAGCAAAGUGGUGAUCCAGGCAGGACCAGGUUGUCCCUACAGAACAGAGAAAUGGAGGCAAACGACCAUUUUAACUUCACUGGCCUUCCUCCUGCACCAGCUGCCUCAGGACUGAAACCCUCUCCUUCCUCAGGGGAGGGCCUCUACACUAACGGGUCUCCCAUGAACUUCCCCCAGCAAGGGAAAAGUUUGAAUGGGGAUGUGAAUGUUAAUGGCUUAUCUACUGUAUCUCACACUACUACUUCAGGGAUUUUGAACUCUGCUCCCCACUCCUCCAGCACCUCACACCUCCAUCACCCUAACGUGGCCUGCGACUGUCUUUGGAACUACUCACAGUACCCACCUGCCAAUCCUGGCAACAACCUCAAGGACCCACCCCUUCUUUCUCAGUUCCCUGGGGGACAAUACCCGCUCAACGGUAUCCUUGGGGGCAGCCGACAACCUUCGUCCCCAAGUCACAACACUAAUCUUCGAGCUGGGAGCCAAGAGUUCUGGGCCAAUGGUACUCAGAGUCCAAUGGGGCUUAACUUCGAUUCACAGGAGCUGUAUGAUUCCUUUCCUGACCAGAAUUUUGAGGACGUAGGCAAUGGGAUCCAUCCCGCUGAGGCAGCAGAAAAGGAGCUGACUUCAGUUGUGGCAGAAAACGGCACUGGCUUGGUCGGCAGCCUGGAGCUGGAGGAAGAGCAGCCAGAACUAAAGAUGUGUGGCUACAAUGGUUCUGUCUCUUCUGUGGAGUCUUUACACCAAGAAGUCUCCGUCCUGGUCCCUGAUCCCACAGUGAGCUGUUUAGAUGAUCCUUCACAUCUUCCUGAUCAACUGGAAGACACUCCAAUCCUCAGUGAAGAUUCCCUUCAGCCCUUUGACUCUCUGGCAUCAGAGCCAGUGAGUGGAGGACUUUAUGGUAUCGACGACGACACGGAGCUGAUGGGCACAGGAGAUGAUAAGCUGCCUCUUGAGGACAGCCCUGUGAUCUCUGCCCUCGACUGCCCCUCUCUCGGGAACGCUGCUGCCUUCAGUCUCCUGGCAGAUGUCAGCCAGACACCAGCUUCUCUCUUUGUCAGCCCCACCUCUCCACCUGUCCUGGGGGAGUCUGUCUUGCAAGAUAACGGCUUUGACCUGAAUAAUGGCAGUGACUCUGAACAGGAAGAAAUGGAGCCUGAGUCUUCAGACUUCCCACGUCCCCUAACUGAGCCGGCCCCUGACCAGCUGCCUACUAUUGAGCUACAUCCAGCAGCCUCUCCAGCAGUCUCUCCAGCUCCCUCCCCGACCCUCCCAGCAGCCUCUUUGGAAGCGUCUUUGACAGCUCCAGCGACCUCUCCUCAAGCUUGCCCUGCACCUUCUCCAGUAACCACCUUCCAGACAGUUUCCCAGGCAAAUGAAGACGUCAGCAGCGUCCCGGAAGCUUCUGCUGAUGUGGAAGAGGUCACUGGAGAAGCUGUCACAAUUUCUGGUAGUAGUGAUGUACUGAAGAGACGCAUUGCUACCCCAGAAGAAGUUCGUCUUCCCCUCCAACAUGGGUGGCGGCGAGAAGUGCGCAUCAGGAAGGGCUGCCAUCGGUGGCAGGGGGAGACGUGGUACUACGGCCCCUGUGGGAAGAGGAUGAAGCAGUUUCCAGAAGUCAUCAAGUACCUGAGCCGAAAUGUGGUGCACAGUGUCCGCCGGGAGCACUUCAGCUUCAGUCCCCGGAUGCCUGUCGGGGAUUUCUUCGAAGAAAGAGACACAGCAGAGGGCGUGCAGUGGGUCCAGUUAUCGGCAGAGGAGAUUCCUUCCAGAAUUCAAGCAAUUACUGGCAAACGAGGCCGACCUCGAAAUAAUGAAAAGGCCAAGAACAAGGAAGUUCCCAAAGUGAAGCGGGGCCGAGGUCGGCCACCCAAGGUCAAAAUCUCUGAGCUAUUGAAUAAAACAGACAACCGACUUCCAAAGAAACUGGAAACCCAAGAAACACUGAGUGAGGAGGAUAAAGCACAGAUGAGUAAAAGCAAAAAGAAGAUGAGGCAGAAGGUACCUCGGGGAGAGGGUCAGACUCCUGUCCAAGGGCAGGCCAGAAACAAGAGGAGACAAGAUGCCAAGAGCUCAAAGCAGAAGGACACUAAGAAGAAAGCCAAGGCCGAGAAAGAAAAGACAAAGACAAAGCAGGAAAAACCAAUGGGAAAAGUGAAGAGGGAAAAGAAGGAAAAGGAGAAGGAGAAAGUAAAGGUGAAGGAAGAGGUGGCCAAAGCCAGACCCCCCUGUAAACCAGAGAGGAGCCUUGCCACGCAGAGGCGUCUGCAGGAGCGGCAGAGGCAGCAGGCUAUCUUAGAGGAGAUGAAGAAGCCCACGGAGGACAUGUGUCUGGUUGACCACCAGCCCCUGCCUGACUUCACCCGCAUCCCUGGUUUGACAUUGUCCAGUAGGGCCUUCUCAGACUGCUUAACCAUCGUGGAGUUCCUGCAUAGUUUUGGCAAAGUGCUAGGCUUUGACCUUACCAAAGAUGUUCCUAGUCUGGGAGUGCUGCAGGAGGGACUCCUGUGUCAAGGGGACAGCUUGGGCAAAGUGCAAGACCUGCUGGUGCAGCUCCUGAAGGCUGCACUCCGUGACCCUGGUCUGCCCUCCUACUGUCAGUCCCUGAAGAUCUUGGGGGAGAAGGUGUCUGAGAUCCCACUGACCAGAGACAAUGUGUCUGAGAUACUACGCUGCUUCCUCAUGGCCUACAGAGUGGAGCCAGCCUUCUGUGACCGUCUGCGCACCCAGCCUUUUCAAGCCCAGCCACCCCAACAGAAGGCUGCUGUCCUAGCCUUCCUUGUGCAUGAGCUCAAUGGCUCCACCGUCAUCAUCAAUGAGAUUGACAAGACUCUGGAGAAUAUGUCCAGCUACAGGAAAAACAAAUGGAUUGUUGAAGGCCGACUACGGAGACUGAAAACUGCUCUGGCCAAGAGAACUGGGCGGCCUGAGGUUAUGAUGGAAGGGCUAGAAGAAGGCCUGGGACGGAGGCGCAGUUCUCGGAUCAUGGAGGAAACCAGUGGCAUCGAGGAGGAGGAGGAGGAGGAGGAGACUAGAGCAGCUGUCCAUGGCCGCAGGACUCGACGAGAUGGAGAGAUUGAUGUUGCAGCAUCCAGCAUUCCAGAGUUAGAGCGCCAGAUAGAAAAACUCAGUAAGCGUCAGCUCUUCUUUAGAAAAAAGCUGCUUCACUCAUCCCAGAUGCUUCGGGCAGUGUCUCUGGGUCAGGACCGCUAUAGACGCCACUACUGGGUAUUGCCAUGUUUGGCUGGAAUCUUUGUGGAAGGCUCAGAGGGGAGCUCAGUGAGUGAAGAGGGGAUAAAGCAGGAAGCUGAGUACUUGACGGAGGCAGUGCCUUCAACCCCCUGCUCGGCCCCAGUCUCUGGAGAGAGAGAGUUAACCGGCUCCAACACCUCUGCUUCUCCUGCCCGCGCCCGAGGCCGACCUCGAAAAUCUAAGCCUGGGUCUAUGCAGCCGAGGCACCCGAAGUCUGCUGUUCGGGACCGUGAUUCAGAACAACCCCAGCCUCGAGUUCAGCCAGAACCUCAGUCUCAUCUGCAGCUUCAGGCUCCCAUCCAGCCCCAUCUUCCAUCCCAUCCCCCAUCAAAUAAUGGGUUCCUAGAGCCAGAAGGCUCCCCUCUGUCCCUGGGUCAGAGCCAGCAUGACCUCAGCCAGUCCGCCUUCCUGUCUUGGCUCAGCCAGACACAGAGCCACAGUUCCCUGUUGAGCAGCUCAGUCCUCACACCUGAUAGCAGCCCAGGGAAAUUAGACUCUGCUCCAUCCCAGUCUUUGGAGGAGCCAGAGCCUGAGGAGGCAGAAUCCUGCCCUGCCCCUCAAGGACCCUGGUUUAGCUUCUCAGCCCAGAUACCCUGUGAUGCUGCCCCUACACCACCCCCUGCCGUUUCUGAGGACCAGCCUACUCCCUCCCUUCAGCUGCCUGCCUCCUCUAAGCCAAUGAAUACACCCGGUGCUGCCAAUCCCUGUUCUCCAGGGCAGUUCUCUUCUACCCACUUGCCUGGAGGGGCCUCUAAGAGGCCAUCAGGAGACUCUGAAGAAAUGCCACAGAGUCCCACAGGGCUGGGUCAACCCAAGCGGAGGGGGAGACCUCCUAGCAAGUUCUUCAAGCAGGUGGAGCAGCAUUACUUAACCCAGCUGACAGCCCAGCCUAUCCCCCCUGAGAUGUGCUCUGGCUGGUGGUGGAUCCGAGAUCCCGAGACCCUGGAUGUCAUACUCAAGGCACUCCAUCCCCGAGGCAUCAGGGAGAAGGCGCUUCACAAACAUCUUAGCAAGCACAAGGACUUGUUGCAGGAAGUUUGCCUACAGCCCUUAACUGAUCCUAUCUUUGAGCCUAGUCAGCUGCCUGCCUUGGAAGAAGGACUUAAGAGCUGGUGUCCCAAGGAGAAGACUUACGAGACAGACCUAGCUGUGCUUCAGUGGGUAGAGGAGCUUGAGCAGCGGGUUGUCCUGUCUGAUCUGCAGAUUCGGGGUUGGACAUGCCCUGGCCCAGACUCUACCCGAGAAGACUUGGCCUACUGUGAGCAUCUACCUGACUCUCCGGAGGAUAUCCCUUGGAGAGGACGGGGCAGAGAAGGGGUUGUACCUCAGCGGCAGAACACCAACCCUCUGGACCUGGCUGUGAUACGACUCGCUGCUCUGGAACAGAAUGUGGAGCGGCGUUACUUGCGGGAGCCCCUCUGGGCAGCCCAGGAGGUGGUAGUGGAGAAGGCCCUGCUGAGCACCCCCAACGGUGCCCCUGAUGGCACCACUACUGAGAUAUCAUACGAGAUCACCCCUCGUGUCCGUGUCUGGCGGCAGACGCUUGAAAGGUGCCGUAGCGCAGCCCAGGUGUGUUUGUGCAUGGGCCAGCUGGAGAGGUCCAUCGCCUGGGAGAAGUCUGUCAACAAAGUGACCUGCCUGGUCUGCCGGAAGGGUGACAAUGAUGAGUUUCUCCUGCUCUGCGAUGGGUGUGACCGGGGCUGCCACAUUUAUUGUCAUCGGCCCAAGAUGGAGGCUGUCCCAGAAGGAGACUGGUUCUGCACUGUCUGUCUGGCCCAGCAGGUAGAGGAAGAAUUCUCUCAGAGGCCUGGUUUCCCAAAACGAGGCCAGAAGCGGAAAAGUAGUUUUCCACUGAACUUCCCAGAGGGUGACAGCCGCCGCCGGCGUGGAGUUCUGUCAAGGGGCCGAGAAAGCCCAGCAGUGGCUCGGUGCCCAGAAGACGGGCUUUCUCCCUCCAAGAGACGGCGACUUUCAAUGAGAAGCCACCACAGUGAUCUCACAUUUUGCGAGAUCAUCCUAAUGGAGAUGGAGUCCCAUGACGCAGCCUGGCCUUUCCUGGAGCCUGUGAACCCUCGCUUGGUGAGUGGGUACCGGCGAGUCAUCAAGAACCCUAUGGAUUUUUCCACCAUGCGAGAACGGCUGCUCCGGGGAGGGUAUACUAGCUCAGAGGAGUUUGCAGCUGAUGCCCUUCUGGUUUUUGACAACUGCCAGACCUUCAAUGAGGAUGACUCUGAAGUGGGCAAGGCUGGGCACAUCAUGCGCCGCUUCUUCGAGAGCCGCUGGGAGGAAUUUUAUCAGGGAAAACAGGCCAAUCUGUGAGGCGAGGAAGGUGGAGACCACUUGUGUCUUCUCCAGCCUUCCUGACAAGAACCUGCCACUCUCACCUGCUGACGGCUGCCCCGGGUGGACGCGUCAGACAGUGCUGAUGCCUGCCUCUGCCCUCGGCAGCACCACAUCCUCUUGUCCCAAUCUCUUUUCUCCCUUCCUCCUUUUGCUCCUCAAAGAAGAGAUGCAGAGAUGAGGUCCUUCUGGACGGAAAGCCAAAAAGAAAAGAAUUUUUCCUGUUUUUUUUUUUUUAAAACUAAUUAAAAUGGAGAGGGGUGAAGAAGUCCCUUCCUCUUCCUGGCUUCCUCCCCUCCCUGUACACGCCCCAGCAUCCUGGGGCUAUUUAACAAUAGCAAUAGUUCUAGUGAAUGUGUGAAACCGAGAAACACUCUGUACUGUGUGUGGACCCGCAGUGACGGCCAGUAAAGUGGACUUAACUCCCAA